AUGGUGAGCCCGUUCUUUUGCAUCACUCUUAUAACUGCUUUUUCUUCGGCUUUAGCUAGUGGUAACAUCCAACUAUGGCCCGAUGAGCCAGAUUAUGGAGUACCUGUAGCUACAAUUCCCCUCUUAUCGAACGUUGCGUUCUUGAACUCGUUCAAUUCUCCGCAGGGUGUCACAUACAAUCCACCCAACGUUGAUUUCAAUCGUGUCUCUUUGGAGCUUUUGGUCAACACCACCUCGUCGAACUAUGAUCGACUUGGUAUGGCAUUUUUCAACGGGAUUGAAAUUUGGCGCACGUCAACCUCGGAACCGGCAAACGAUAACGCUCAUUGGGAUUAUUCGAAAGAUGUUUCAGAGUACCUAUCAUUAUUCAAGCAAACAGGACAUUUUGAAUUCUUGAUCAACAACAUCGUGAACGAGCAGUUUCAAGGAACUUUUCAGGUUUCCAUAACGGCGAAUUUCUACAAGAGCAGUAACAAGCCCAACACAGACGAUAGCUGGGCGAUUGCCCUUGACAACCCUGCAACCAACAUCCAGACAUUCAGGAAAAACCCAACCAACCUAUACUGGACCGCACCCUCAGAUGAUAUUGAGAUAUCUGUACCCCAGCAGGCUAGCAAUGUGAAUCGGGCUCUCAUUCAGGUUUUUGCCUCUGGUAAUAGCAACGAUGAAUUCUGGUGGAACACCCACGGCGGCAGUGGUCCAUCACGAUUUGUUAAUGCCUACAUCAACGGGCAGCCUGCAGGCUAUGCUGCACCUUUCCCUAUCAUUUACACGGGUGGAAUCAAUGCAGAGCUGUGGAAACCGUUGGUUGGAAUCAGGGCCUAUGACGUUCCAAGCUACUUCAUGGACGUAACAGCCUUUUUACCCAAACUUUGGUCGGGGGCAAGUACCCUCAAACUUAAUAUAUCCAACGGAAUUGACAACAACCCUGUUCCAUCUAACUGGAUCGUCAACGUGAACUUAUUCACUUGGUCCACACCAGGGCAAACAAAUUCAGGGACAAUGGACAACCCUCAAGAUACCGUAAAUACGCUCGACAACUCCUUAGGAACCAGUCCUCAGCAUGUGCUGCUCACUAGAUCCUACUCGAGUUCAGCAACUUUGACCAUUGGCGGCACCACUCAAAAAGUGGGAUGGAAUCAGAAUGCGACGUUCGAAAACCAUCUUACUAUAAACGGUGACGAUACCAGUAUUUUCCAAAAGUUUACUGGAACAGACUCUGUUAUUGGAAGUAAUGGAGUGUCGCGAACUUUCAACUAUCCACUGACCGUCGAAAUAGGCCCUACCAAGAACCAUGUCCAGGAGUCGUAUAGCAUUCAGUCCCCAGUCAGCCUGUACACCUGGAUUGACACUAACGUCAAUUUGGAUGGCAAUGGUAAAGUCACAGACACCCAGUCAAGUCAAUAUCUGGAGGAGGCUUCGGUAAGUCACUUCAAGAAGGCAGUGAAUGGUCAAAUCGUUGAGACAUGGUAA